AUGCUGACAAGCGGUAGGCUGAGCCCGGGUAGUUCACAAGCGGCGAUGGUUGGGGUGAUGAAGGUACGUCCUUGGACGACAACAACAGUAGCUCCGAUGGAGUUCUUGUUGGUACGGAAAAAGAGCUUAACGUCAGUUAUGCCCACUCUGAAACAUUGUCGAGACUCGAGCAGGCAGCUCGGACAGCGUUAUUCAUUCCUUGCUUGGCUAUGUGGCUUUUCUUUCAAGAGAAAGGAAAAUGGAUGCACUGCUUCAAAAAGAGUCAAUUGUUCAGCCCAGACACCUCCUCCGGCUUGGCCGGGCCGGGUUGCCGUCGAUUCCGACAGAAAAUUGUGGGAGGGACCGAAACCCAUUUCAAUUGUUGGAUCCACUAGCUCCAUUGGAACACAGACAUUGGAUAUAGUUGCUGAAAAUCCGGAUAAGUUUAAGGUUGUUGAUCUUGCCGCUGGUUCAAACGUGACUCUUUUUACCGAUCAGGAGGCUCUAGCUGAUGUUGAAGAAAAGCUCGAGAUCAUACCGGGAGAGGAGGAAAUCAUUGAGGUCGCUCGGCAUUCAGAUGUUGUUACUGUGGUGACGGGGAUUGAUGGAUGUGCAGGUUUUGAAGCAGGAAAAGACAUAGCUUUGGCUAAUAAAGAGACAUUAAUUGCUGGAGGGCCUUUUGUUCUUCCUCUUGCACACAAGCACAAAGUUAAGAUUCUUCCGGCAGAUUCCGAACAUUCAGCUAUAUAUCAGUGCAUACAAGGCUUGCCCGAAGGUGCUUUGAGGCGCAUAAUUUUGACGACAUCAGGAGGAGCAUUCCGGAUCUAUGGUGGAAUCCUGUAG